UAGAAGAAAAAUUGACGCAUUUGAAUUGUGGUGCUGGAGGAAACUACUAAGAACACCAUGGACCGCAAGAAGAACAAAUCGGCCAAUACUAAAUGAAGUGAAGCCGGACUUCUCACUGGAGACAUUAAUAAUGAAGCUAAAGCUAAAAUAUUUCGGUCACAUAAUGCGAAGACAAGACUCACUAGAAAAGACCCUGAUGCUUGGAAAAAUCGAAGGCAACCGAAAAAGAGGUCGACAGAAGAUAAGGUGGCUUGACACCAUAACUGAUGUCAUGGAAACAAACUUACAAGAACUGAAGGAAAUGGUCACUGACAGACAAGCCUGGCGUAAUAACGUCUAUCAGGUCACGAAGAGUCGAGUUCACUUCUAAACAAGUCAGGUUACAAGAAGAUCGUGUGGAAUUGUUGUUAAUAUAUUAUACACACAGUAACUAAAAUAUAUAGUUGAUACUGAUCUACACUUUGUUGUCCAUCAUCCUAUAUCAGGAUACUAUACGCAAUUCUAUAUACAGAAAAGUGCAAAAGUCUUUGCCCUGUAUAUUGUCCAACAUUUUUAAAGCAUAUCUCUCGAAAUUUCUAGACAGAUUUUUCGAGAACAUUCUUCAUUUUGGAAAAAAAUGUUUCAACAACGAAAUCUUAGUACAAUGAAAACGAAGCGAUCAACUAUUUUACAUUAUUGGAAUAACGGGCAUCGAUCUCCUGCAACAAUUGCUCGUAUAACAAAGAUGGACAGUGCAACGUCAACUCAAAUGAAUGGGUUACAAAAGUACUUUGCCCUAUGGAACACCAAUGUUAACACAGAAGCACAAAGAAGCACGUGUUCACUGGGCAAUCCAACAUAA